AUGAAUCCAAAAGAUUCUCAAUAUCAACAACAUAUCCUUAGACUAAAGAAUAUACCCAAUACAAAAUUUAUUACAUUUGCUCCAGCAACCGGAAGUUGGGUGUUUGAAGUAGAAGAUUUUACUAUUAGUGUAAAUUGUCCAGCAGGAGAUUGUACACCAUCAGAAUGUCCAACAGUAAAUUGCCAACCAAUAGAUUGUCCAGAAGAAACGUGUAUACAACCAUAUCCAAAAGAUUCUCAAUAUCAACAACAUAUCCUUAGAUUAAAGAAUAUACCCAAUACAAAAUUUAUUACAUUUGUUCCAGCAACCGGAAGUUGGGUGUUUGAAGUAGAAGAUUUUACUAUUAAUGAAGGUGUAAAAGUUCUUAAUGAAGCAAGGUUCCACAGUUCAUAUGAAGUUAUUUCCACUAUAUGUCCUGAAGAUCUAGCCAGUCAAGCAGAUAUUAAUACAAGUUAUAGUCAACAAAUUGAUCGAUUACAAGAUGAGGCACAGCAACUUCUUUUUGAAUCGAAAUGUUACUAUUGGUAUUCAAUUAUUAAUAUGUUGAUUCUUUUCUAUUUAAUUAAGGAAUGUGAUAAUAAUGAGAUGACUGAAGAUUCUUUGAUUGAAUUUGAGAACAAUAUAAACAGAUGUCGACUGAUAGAAAAUGGAAACUGCCAUCGGAGAUUGUUACGACUCACAAUGAAGAAUAUGUUGGAAAAACUUGAUGAAAAAGAUGCAAACAUUUCACAUUAUAAUAAAGUUGCAGAAAAAAAAGCAACAGAGAUCAUUGAUAUUGAAAAAUCAUUAUUUGAGAUUUUUCAACAACUGAAUGAGUUUAGACCUGAUCCAAAUCUCAAUCUAAUUAUUGGACCUAAUGAGGGUAGAAGUGCUUUCAUGUUUGCUAUUGCUCUUGGCUUGGGAUGUAAUACUUUGGUUAGGAAUUUAAAUGUUUUAUAUCAUUAUGCUAAUCUGUUGAUGAAAAUAAGUUAUAUUAGAAGGUUUCUCAAGGAUAUAAGAAAUAUUUCUCAUUUUAUAAAAGAUGGACAAAAUCACGCAUCUAUAAAGAUUGAAUUAAAACAUGAUGAUGAUAAUGUGAUAAUAAUUUGUUUGAUCACAAGAGCUGAUAAUAGAACUCAAUGGACAUUAAAUGGUAAAUUUUUCCAUCUUUGGUGA